AUGCUUGCUCAUUCGCCAAGAGAUCGUUCUCGAUCACCUCAUAAUUCAACUGAAACAUCAUCAGUUAAAUCUACACAUCACUCAAAUCAAGAUGAUAUACCAAAUCAAAUUGAAUCGAAUAGUAACAGUAAAAAUAAAAAAGAAAGUGAAUCCCAACAACGUAUGAGAAGUCUUAAAACAUUCAUUCAAACAUUAAUUAAUGAAUCAAAAUCAAUUGGUUCAACAUAUGAUGAACAAGUCAAAGCAAUUGAAAAUGCUUGUGUUGGAGAAUAUCGUGACAUAUCACUUGAUCGUAUUCGAAGAAUGAUUCGGAAUAUAUUAAAAUUACGUAAAUCUCAUCAAUCAUCAGUACAUUCACAUACAACUAGUUCAUUCUUACAUCAGGAUCAUACAACAACAAAUGAUCAUUUUAAUUCAAAUGAAAAUACUAACAAAAAAAAUCGAUCGAAUUCAACGUCAAAUAUUUCAUCAUCAAAAACAUCUGAUUUGGUUCCAUCACCAACAUCGACAUUAUCAGCAUUUGAUGCUGAUUUUCUUCGUCAUGCUUUUUCUCAACAAUUUCGUCCAUCACUUGAUUUAUCCGCAUAUUUUUCAGCUGCUACAGCUUCAAAUACCGCCAAUUCAACCUCAUCUCUUUUUCGUCCAAAUUUUUCUCCAUCGAAUUUCUUACAAUCAUUAACAAAUACAACACCUCUUGCACCGCCACCACCACCUCCACUUCCUCCAUCACUUGUUUCAUCUCAUACACAUACGAAUGGAACAAGUGAUUCAUCAAUUACUAAAUCACUGAAACAAGCGAAGUUAUCUGGUACGGAAACAAGUUCCAUUAAAGUUCUUGUGAAUGCCUAUCGUGAAGCAGCAUCCUAUUUAUGUCGAUCAGCUGAUGAACUUGAACAAUUAAUUUAA